GAAACAGUUCCUUUUUUUUUUUUUCUCAAAUCCUGAGUAGCAGUCUAAUCACCUUAUUGAAUCCCCUAGACACUGUACUCUAUCUAUAGUUCUCAAUCAUCAUUGCCAACAUGACCACUGACGGUAUCCAGCCGUUCCAGCGCCGUUCAUCCUUUCAUCAGCUGCAGCUCUCGCAUCAGUUUGACAGGAACUCCUGGGAAGCCCCUCCAUCAAAAACUAUCUAUGCUGGUCUCUCAGUACUGUUCGAUGACGAUGGAGUCACUGUAGCCCUUGCGAUUCGCGAUACUACCUAUCUUCUCGAUUUCCAUCAGAAGGACAUCGUUCCACAGGGUGGCCGGACCGUCUGUGCUGAAAUUACCGACUAUGUGCUGAACCAGUUGCGGGAGUAUAGUGACGAACGCCUGGAGAAGUUUAUCGGGCUGGCAAUGCCAACUUCAGUGGCUCGGAAAUGCUCCACCCUAUGCUCACGUCUCUGGUCGGAGCUGGAUGUGAUUCCCUUGGUGCUGCCCGAGGAGAGUAAUAUCGGAGUUGAUCACUACGUUGAUCAUCCUGUCCGGAAGUCUACUGGCUGGGAGCUUAAGAGCAUCGAUGAACAGGCCGAGUCCAUGGGACGCAAGUGUGUCAGGUUAUUUGGCCCUGAAAACAUUCCGUUGUUGCAAGUCGGUUUCUUGGGAUUAGUUGAAGUUGACACUGCCUUCCAUGUGCGUCUUACAAACCUGGAGGACUUCCAGAAGACAGUCACACAGAGGACCUGGGAUGCAGUGAAUUACUAUGCCGACGAUCUCAAGAACAGAGGCACAAAGAUUGCCUUCUUUAGUGCCACUCCUCAGGGCGGAGGAGUAGCCCUCAUGAGACACGCCCUCGCCAGAUUCUCCUACUCGUUGGGAACUGACAUCAAGUGGUAUGUCCCCAAACCGCGGCCCGGAGUUUUUCGCAUAACCAAGAACAACCAUAAUAUUCUGCAAGGCGUUGCUGCCCCAGAUGAGCGCUUGAGCAAUGAGGACUGGGACAAGGUUAUUGAUUGGAUCAACGAGAAUGCGAAACGAUACUGGCUCUCACCCGGCGGUCCUCUGCGGCCUCCUGAGGAGGGAGGCGCCGACGUUAUCAUCAUCGACGAUCCGCAAAUGCCCGCAUUGAUCCCCAUUGCGAAGAAGCUAGCACCUAACCGACCGGUCAUUUUCCGAAGCCAUAUCCAAAUCCGCAGUGAUCUGAUCGAUCAGCCUGGCUCCCCACAGGCAGACACCUGGUCGUGGAUCUGGAAACAGGUGCAGCAGGCAGAUUUAUUCAUCAGUCACCCAGUGAGCAUCUUCGUGCCGAAAGAUGUUCCCGACGAGAUGGUGGGCUACAUGCCUGCUUCAACUGAUUGGUUGGAUGGUCUAAAUAAAAACAUGCGUGAAGAGGAUGUCGCCUAUUACGGCCGUGUCUUCAAUUCUGUUUGCAGAAACUCAGGAAUGAUGACGCUAAACUAUCCACAUGCAGACGAGUACAUUGUCCAAAUUGCCCGAUUCGACCCUUCCAAGGGUAUCUUUGACGUUGUAGAUUCAUAUGCGAAGUUCCACAGACGAUUCACCUCAUCUCUACCCGACAGAACGCCGCCCAAACUGCUUAUUUGUGGGCACGGCUCCGUUGACGACCCAGAUGGCACUGUGAUCUACGAUUCCGUGCUAGCUCACAUUGAGAAAGAUCUCCCAGACCUAUCUGACAAGAUCUGCGUUGUCCGACUUGGACCUUCGGAUCAAGUGCUGAACGCACUCCUUUCCAAGGCCAAGGUCGCUCUGCAGCUGUCCACACGUGAAGGGUUCGAAGUCAAGGUAUCCGAAGCAAUCCACAAGGGUACCCCAGUGAUCGCAACCAAGGCUGGCGGAAUCCCACUGCAAGUGGCAGAUAAGAAGAACGGUUUCCUUGUGGAAGUCGGCGACACAGAUGCAGUUGCACAACACCUAUUCGAAUUGUGCACUGACGACGAUCUAUACGAGCGGACCAAGAAAUAUGCGCUUGAGAACGUCUGCGACGAGGUCAGCACAGUCGGAAACGCCCUGAACUGGCUGUACCUGUCAUCCAAGCUCUCCAAGAAAGAGGAAGUCAAACCGCACAAGCAGUGGAUCAACGACAUGGCGCGCACCGAAGCAGGCCUAGAAUACACCAGCAAAGAGAGUCGGCUUAGACGGAUCUCACUGUAA